CAUGGAUGACUUUAAAAAAGAUCACCAUUAUUCAGAUGUAGCUGAGGUCUCUACUGUUCAGCACCAUGAAGCACAGCAAGAUAUGCCAGAUGUCAUGGCAGCCACAAUAUCGAUGUUCGAAGUACCGCCAUGUUUUUGGUAAGCCUGCAAACAAGGAGAGCUGUUAUGACUGCGUGCCUAUCACAAGAAGUGUACAAGACAACCAUUUCUGUGCUGUUAAUCCAAUCUUCAUUGCUGUAGUGACAGAAUGUGCUGGUGGUGGAGCAUUUCUUGUUAUACCUAUACAACAGUCAGGAAAACUUGAUCCUCAUCAUCCAAAAGUUUGUGGUCAUAGAGGGAAUGUGCUGGACAUCAAGUGGAACCCCUUCAAUGACUAUGUAAUAGCCUCUUGUUCUGAAGAUGCCACAGUCAAAAUUUGGGACAUUCCAAAGCAUUUGUUAAAUAAAAAUUUGACAAAUCCUAGUAAAGAGCUGCUCGGUCACACCAGAAGAGUUGGCCUCAUUGAAUGGCAUCCAACUGCCAGUAAUAUCAUUUUCAGUACUGGCUAUGAUUACAAAAUUAUGAUAUGGAAUAUUGACAGUGAUGACCCUGUUAUUUAUAGUCCUGUGAGAACAAUUGAGUGUCACAAAGAUGUGAUUCUUUCUAUGUCAUUUAACACAGAUGGUAGUCUUCUUGCCACAUCUUGCAAAGACAGGAUAAUUAGGGUAAUUGACCCCCGCCAAGGGACUAUUAUACAGGAGUCCAACUGCAAAAUUCACAAAGCCAGCAAAGUUUUGUUUCUGGGAAACAUGAAAAUGCUGCUAUCUUCUGGGACAUCCAGGUGGAAUAACAGACAGGUUGCCCUAUGGGAUCAGAAUGAUCUAUCUGUGCCUUUACAGCAAGAAGAUUUAGAUGGCUCCUCUGGGCUGAUCUUCCCAUUCUAUGACUGUGACACCAACAUGCUGUAUAUCGUGGGAAAGGGAGAUGGAAACAUAAGAUAUUAUGAAGUCUGUCCUCAGAAGCCUUAUUUUCAGUAUCUUAAUGAAUACAGAUCCAGUUUGCCUCAAAAAGGAAUUGGUGCUCUGCCAAAAAGGGGGGUCAAUGUGUCAACUUGUGAAGUGUUUAGGUUCUACAAACUAGUCACUAUAAAAAGUCUUAUUGAGCCGGUGUCAAUGAUUGUGCCUAGACGGUCUGAAUCGUACCAGGAUGAUAUUUAUCCAAUGACAGCAGGAACUCAGCCAGCCCUUACUGCACAUGAAUGGCUGAGUGGAAUUAACCGAGACCCUGUUCUGAUAUCAUUAAAGCCAGGAUCAACGCCUGCUCCAUACCAAGUAGAAGAGACCAAGGAGGAACCUAGGUUUCCUAUAAAGGAGCCAAAAGAAGUUCAUGAAUUGAAGAUGCCCACAAGGACAUUAUGGGAGAUAGAGUACAAAACAGAGAUCAUAAGAGAGGACCGGAGCAAUAAAAAAGCAUUAGAAAAGCAUCAAGACACCAAGCAAGCAAUGUCCAAUGGAUUUGACAUCUCUGAGAGUCCACCACCCAAAACCGAAAAUGAGCUAUUACAGAUGUUCUACAAGCAGCAGGAAGAAAUCCGCAGGUUACGCGAACAAAUAAAUCAAAGGGACGUUCAGAUCAAACAAUUAGAAUUGGAAAUCAAGAACAAGCGCAACAGUACAGCCAGCUAUUGACUAUCAUCUACUCACAGCCACUAGAAUGUAACACGGAAAGAGAAAAAAAGGCCUCUGUACUAUUUUUAUGUAAAAAAGAUGUCAUUAUCAGAUACAUAGUAUUUAUCAUCUUUUAUUAUCUGUUUUAAGCUUUUUUAUGUUAUAUUUGAACAAACUGCAAUCAAAGGUUUUUUUUAAUACUAAGGGGACUAUGGCUAUAAAAUAAGGGAAUUUCAUUAGAAUACAAACGCAUUUGCCUUAUGUGAGCCAAAACCCUAUUCCUUAAGAAUGAUUAGCCUGACCUUCGCUUGCCUGUGAAACCCCCGGAAAUUAAUAGGCCAUAAACUGGCCAGAUUGCUAAGGAGCAGCACUUUUAAAAAGCCUGUUGGGUUUUCUGUGAUGCCUUUAUUGAUUGGAUUUCAGGAAGGAAAGAAUACAUUAAAAUCUGCACCUACUAUCACAUCCUCUGCUUCCUAGCCAGAGCACUGCUAUUCAGAUAUAGGGUGGUGCCUUGUUGUACACUUACUGGAUGAGCAGGCGAAAUUAGCCAUACAAUAUGCAAGGCAUCAGCUGUAUUUAAAAACCAUUAUGAACUGCACUAAUUGAUUGCUCAGUUGCAUAUGUUUUGACCAUAUUUCAUAUAGCCUUAAUUUAGUACAUAGUACAUAACAGACUGUACGGUCUUUACAUACAAAAACACUUCUUCAUUCUUCCAUGGUUUUACUGCAUCAAUGAAUGUGGCCAAUUUUGAAGGUGACAGUAGGAAUGAAACGUCACUCAAGUCCUAAGUAGUCCAGAAAGCCACACAGAAAUGUAGAGCUGGUGCUGGGUGCAAAGAUUGUUCUUCCAGUGGCUCAGAUACGUAGGUGAAAACCUAAAACUUGCAGCCGUACUCUUUUGUUGCCUUAAUAAUUCUGCAUAAUGAAAAGAGACUUCUCAUUUCUGAUUUGAGUAGAAUUGAAUUUAAACAUUGGAGCCAAUUCAGGUAGCGACACUGCAAAAGUAAGGCCUUUGGUUUUACACAGUUUGUAACUUUUUUCCUUCUACUAUAUUCUGCUUAAUGGAUUCUUUAAAUGCAAAGAUAUGACAAAUGUAAAAAUGUGAAAGCUUGGUCUUUAUUGAGCUGAUGCAUCAGUUCACACAUUUAAAAAUCCCAAACACUUUUAAUCACACAAUUCCUGUUGAUCUCUCCUUACACCCUCCGUAGCUUCAGUGUCCCUGGCUAAAACCAAAGCUAAUGCCUAGCUAGGCAAAACUGCAUAACCAACUUGUGACUAUAUAUAGAGAGAGGAGUCAAUCCCCUAUUACUGAGCACUGCUAGCAGCUCUUCAGUUAUGGUGGAAAUAAAAUGAAAUGAUAGCAGAGGGAACAAAGUGUGUGCAUAGAAAUAAGUGACAGGGGAUCCUUCUCUACAGCCCUACCUGCCACUUCUCUCCCUCCCCUCUCUUUCUGUAUUGACCCCUUUUUAAUAUGUAUUUUGUCUUCUGUUUGCUUUUUACUAUAACUAGAAAUGUACAGCUGUUUAUUGGUCCAGUCUGAUGGUGUGUGAGUAACACUCGCUGUAACACAAGCUGCUUUAUGUAGAGGUGAUGAUGCUCCUCUGGACAUAUACACAAGUUCUAAUUAUGGUGAAGGAGAGCCAGCAACAGGCACAAUUACACAGUAGUUGUAGUAGGAUUCAUGGAUUGUUGAAAUACACUGGCCUUUUACUACAACUCAGGGAAUUGUAGCCUGUGCUCCUGCUGUUUCGGCAGGUUUCAGUCUUUAGCCAGAUCCUGAUGCAACGUAGCCAAUCCUUUCUUAAACCGGUAAAAUAACUAAAGGAACAGUAAGCCAUAUAAACAUUUAGAUAUUUAUUUUUGGGGGGCGUGUUCUUCAAUGGCUUACUCCUUCGGUGGAGAUGGUUAUAGGUGAUCCGUUUUAAUAGAAGGCUUGGAAUGCAUAAAAUGAUUUACCUAGCAACUUUAUUAGAAUAGGAAAAUAAAUAUAAUGUUUUGCUUUGUACAUAAUGUAAUUGUGAGCUGAUGUGCUACUCUGUAAUCCUUCAGGUUUUUGCACUAUGGUGAUGCAGCAAAACAAUUAGGGAUGUACCAAAUCCUCUUUUUUGGGAUUUGCUUGAAUCUCAAACCAAAUCUGAACCCUAAAAUCCAUAUGCAAAUUAAAGCACCAAUCGGUUUAAAAAAAAGAAGAGUACAUACUUUGUGUGUGUGGCAAAAAUUGUGAACGCAUGAAAAGUUUUGCUGUUCGUGUUUGUUUCUGCUAGGCACUUGGUUUCAGUUGAAUGCUGCUGAAAAGGCUCAGAAUCAGCUAAUUCCUGAUCCAAAGCCCAGAUUUGGUGAAUCCCUUUACGUGGUGCAAAACUGUUAAUCCUUCCUGCUCACAAGGCAGUGUGGGACAAGCUUCUUGAUAAACAACUGCCAUAAUGUUCCUCUAGUAGCUAGAGGCAUCUGUAUUCGUAGCAACACUCUCUGUUCGAAAGAAAUCUUAUCUUUAUGAUUAAACUGGUGAGGUGUUCCUCACUGCACAUGUCAAUAUGCCCUAACGUUGGUCACCAUAACUCAGUGAUCUGCCGCUGUUGCCUAUAACUUCUACUAAGAUACUGAAGAACCACAACAUGACCAGUGUAUAUUGGGAGGUUGGUUAAGGCUGUGCCUGGCCUGUCACUAUUUUUACUAUUAG